CGCCAGUGCGGACAACAUUUAAAAAGAAAAGAAGCAGUGCCUGGGGAUUUAUUUUCAUCCCAGAAACAUGAUGCAAAACGAUCUGAAUGGACGGCUUCUCUGACUGUGAGAUGGCAUCAUGCCGGGCAUCCCUGCGUUCAGCGUAAACGGGGAAGUCAAGGGAUAUUUGCAAAGCUUGACAGAAUCACACGGUGCUGACCGCAGGUGAAGUGUCACAGACAGGUUGUCCAAAAUGUCAGAAAAUGCUAGAAAGAAAGAAGAAGACACGACUGGAGUUCGUGUGGCUGUACGGGUACGUCCCCAGCUGGCCCGCGAGAAGAUCGACAUGUGUCAGGUGUGCAUCUCUGUGUCGUCUGACCAACCUCAGAUCACUGUCGGCAAGGACAAAGCCUUCACCUACGAUUAUGUCUUUGAUAUGGACACAAGCCAGGAUGCCAUCUAUAACAACUGUGUCCGUGGGCUCAUUGAUGGAUGUUUUGAGGGGUACAAUGCUACGGUGUUCGCUUAUGGACAGACUGGCUCUGGGAAGACUUAUUCCAUGGGGACAGGAUUUGAGGUGGAUAGCUCUCCGCAGCAGGUGGGGAUCAUCCCCAGAGCCGUGGACCACCUGUUCACUGGCAUUGAGGAGAGGACACAGACGGCGAGGGAAAACUGUGAACCACUGCCAGACUUCAAAGUCAAUGCACAAUUUAUGGAGUUAUAUAAUGAAGAAAUCCUUGAUUUACUGGAUACGACAAGGGAUCCAGAAGCCAGAACACGGAAGUCCAACAUAAAAAUCCAUGAAGAUGCAGAGGGAGGAAUAUAUGUUGUUGGCGUGACAACUCGACCUGUGUCGUCAUUAACAGAUACGAUAGAGUGUUUAAAACAAGGUGCCUUAAGUCGAGCCACGGCCAGCACAAACAUGAAUACGCAGUCCUCUCGCUCACAUGCCAUCUUUACACUGCAUAUACGGCAACAGAGGAUGGUUAAAAAUAUUGAAGAGGAGAAAGACGAGGACUCCACCCAGCCUGCUGCUGUGGAGUUUGAGACGCUGACAGCCAAAUUUCACUUUGUAGAUUUAGCCGGAUCAGAGAGGUUAAAACGGACGGGAGCCACAGGGGAUCGGGCCAAGGAGGGCAUUUCUAUCAACUGUGGACUGCUUGCUCUAGGUAAUGUGAUAUCAGCACUAGGAGAUGUGACAAAGAAAGCCACCCAUGUGCCUUACAGAGACUCCAAAAUUACACGGCUUUUACAGGAUUCAUUAGGGGGAAACAGUCGGACGUUGAUGAUCGCCUGUGUGUCCCCUUCAGAUAGAGACUUUGUUGAGACUUUAAACACCCUGAAAUAUGCCAAUCGAGCAAGAAAUAUCAAGAACAAAGUGGUGUCCAACCAGGACAAGACGAGUAAGCAGCUGGCUGCUCUGCGCGCUGAGAUAGCCAUGUUACAGCAGGAACUGUGUGAUUACAAACAGGGUAAACGAGUGAUAGAUGCAGACGGUGUGGAGAGUGUAAAUGACAUGUUCCAUGAGAACACAAUGUUACAAACAGAAAACAAUAAGCUGAGGUCUCGUAUCAAAGCCCUGUAUGAGACUGUGGAGACGGUGAAGGCUAGAAACUCUCAGCUGUUGCUUCAGGUGGAGGCGUACAAGUUGACAGGUGGCACAGCCUUGGAGAUAGGAAAUGAAGAAGUGAGUAAGGUACUGGAGGAAUAUAUCAAACAGACAGAAGAUCUCAGGACCAAACUGGCAGAGUCCGAGGCGCAGUGUGAAGUGUUACAGAAGGCUUCAGUGCGUUCACCAUCCCGUUUAGCACUCAGCCCCAUGUCCCGCUCCUUCAGUGCUGUCCCCAUCUCGGGCGGCAUGGACACCCCACUCUCACCUGACCAUAACGUCGCGCAUCUGCUAGAGGAGGCCAAGAAAGAUAUCAAAAAAUUAAAGAAGGCCAAAAAGAACCAGAGUUCCAAGCAAAGCAAUGCUGGAAGUGACAAGGAGAACUUUAGCGAUGAAGAUCCUGAUGAUCAGCUGAAUGAUGCUGUGGAGAACCAAGGGGAGCAGGUGGUGAAUGGACUGAAUGGGGAUGGGCUGGAGGAAUCCGACAUUGAUGAGGAUGACGACGAUGAUGAGGAUGUAGAUGAGGACAGCAGUUCAGAGGAGGAAGAUGAGGAUCAAGAUUCUGACAACAUCCAUGAAGACCUGGCUGAGUUGACAUGCGAAAUCUCUAUCAAACAGAAGUUGAUAGAUGAGCUGGAGAUGAGCCAGAAGAAACUUCACACUCUGCGUAUCCAGUACGAGGAGAAACUCACACAGCUACAGGCCAAGAUCAGGGAGACAGAGAUAGAACGAGAUACAGUGCUCGCUAACUUAGGUCAAGUUGAGAGCACAUCAGCGGACAAAGCCAAAAAAAUCAAGGAGCAGUUUGAGAAGAAACUGAGUGAUCUUCAGAAUGAAGCAAAAAAGAUGCAAGCAGCUAAGAAAGAGCAUGCCAAGUUGGUGAAAAAUCAGUCCCAUUAUGAGAAGCAAUUGAAAACACUUCAGCAUGAGAUGGGAGAAAUGAAGAAAACAAAGGUGAGAUUAAUGAAGCAAAUAAAAGAGGAGUCUGAGAAGAACAAGCAGAGUGAAGCACGGCGGUCUAAAGAAAUGGCGCAACUGAAGAAAGACCAGAGGUUAAAAGAGAACAAAAUCAGGACGCUGGAGGCAGAAAAACGACAAAAAGAAACUGUUUUGAGAAGGAAACAAGAAGAGGUGGAGUCUCUGAGGAAAAGACAGAAGCCGAUGUCUCAGAAAGCUGCAGGGCGAGUUGGAAAGUACAUCAAACCUCCAACUAUUCCCAUAGGUCCCAUGUCUUCCACACCCAUGAAACGAAGAAGGAAUAUAACAUCAGGCUUUUCAGCGAAAAUGGCCAAACAGAAAUGGGAUACAAUAGAGAAAAAUGUGGCUUCAGUAAUUACACGGAGGCAGACAAUAUCACACAUGGAAAAGGACAUGGAAAACUGGAUGAAGCAUCGAGAGAAGUUGGGAAAGAAAUUGGAAAAGCUGAUUAUCAAGAGAGAUGGACUAGAGUCAGAUAAAUUGUCCAAAAAUGCUAUCAAAGAUCUGAAUGACAUGGUGGAGUCUGUGAAGACCCAGAUUGACUAUGCUCAGGAAAACAUCUCAGAAUGUCAGAAUCAUAUCAUGCAGAUGGAAGAGACCAAGGAGGAUGUAGAGAGUGUGGACUUGACGAGCUUGGUGAACACCUGUACAUUGGCAGAGUCCAGGUACCUCAUCGAUCACCUUCUCCAGCUGGCCAUCACUAAGGGACUGGCCUUGGCACAGAAGGAUUCUGAUAACAGGGAGUUGUGUGCCAAACUGCACCAGACAGAGCUGAACAACACUCUACAGCAGGACCUGUUGCGCCACAUGAUGGCUGACCAAGUGGACAUAGAGGUGGAUAACUUGCUGACCAAUAAUGAUGAAACAGAAAGUGCAACCAGUUCUACCUCCUCUUCCCCAGUUGACAGCAUGCUUGACAGCCAGUCUGCACCUGCUCCUCCGCGGAUAGGAAUAAUCCCAACGGGAGACAACUCUUCUCGAAAGGAAAAGGCCAGGAGGAAAACGGCCACCCCUCAGGAACUGCUGUUUGCAGGGGAUGCCCAAAGUGACCAGACCGCCCCACCCCUAUCUCCCUUGGUGGAGAGUUCCCAGACUGGGGGCAAUGCCUCUGCUGAACAAAAUGACGUCAAGAAAACAAACGGUUUCUCGGAGAGCAACCUGAUGCUCCCUCCAAAGACUCUUCCUCUUAAGCCUGCUGUCACAAGGCUGACCAGUGGUAGUCAGUCUUCCAGCAAACUGGACAUCAAUUCGGCCUCCAUGUUAAGAGGAAGAUCAAGCACUGAUUCACUGUCUAGUUCAGACCGAAAUUCCUUAGAGCUGCCCAAUUCUCGAGAUUCCACUCCUCCCACAUCACCCAUGGGUCUUCGCCGAUCAUUAAGUCGUGGCAACAAUGUCUUCUCUAGGCUCACCAACUCUAAUCCAAGCUCUCCCCACCCGAACAGAGGGUCUAUAACCCCCACAGGAUCAGGGAAGAAUUUGCCAGGACGAUUAUCUCCCUUAGUGUGCACUCACACAGCUGAGGGUCACACCAAAGCUGUUCUCUCUGUCUAUGCUACAGAAGAUAUGCUCUUUUCAAGCAGUAAAGACCGAACAGCUAAGGCAUGGGAUCUUCAAACCGGGAAAGAGCUCUUAUCAUUUCCUGGUCAUCCUAAUAAUGUGGUGAAGGUGAAAUACAGCGAGGGGACACAACUGGCCUUCACUGUCUCUCUGAACUGCAUCAAUGUGUGGGACACCAGGGAAAAGCCCGUCAAGUGUGUCAAGAAUCUCAAUUCGUCUGGGCUUACCUCUGACAGCUCUGUGACCCGAUCUGGAGGUCGCCAGGUGGGCCUGCCAAUGGGAGAACAUCAGAUCAAUGAUAUCGCACUGAACUCUGAUGGGACGACGCUGUAUUCAGCCUCUGGGAACAUGGUCAGGGUGUGGGACCUGAGGAAGUUCAGUGCUGUUGGUAAACUAAGUGGAGGUCAUGCUGCACCAGUCAUGGUCUUGGCCCUGGAUGAAUUGGACAGCAAGGACUUGUUAGUUACUGGUUCUAAAGAUCACUACAUCAAGAUAUUUGAGGUACCUGCUGAAGCGGCUGGUGUGUUCACCCCCAAGUAUAACCUUGAACCCCCUCACUAUGACGGCAUCCAGUCUUUGGCCAUCCAGGGCCACACACUAUUCAGUGGCUCACGCGAUACCUGCAUCAAAAAGUGGGACCUGGGCACUCAUCAACUCAAACAGUCUGUCAACGCGGCCCAUAAGGACUGGAUCUGUGCCCUGGCCUUGCUGCCCUCAGGGGACAUACUGCUGAGUGGCUGUCGGACUGGCUACUUGAAGCUGUGGCAGGUGGACACCUGCAGUCCAGAGGGGGAGAUCAAAGCCCACACCAGCCCCAUCAAUGCCAUUGCCACCAAUUCCACGUCCAUCUUCACUGCAUCAAAUGACAAUACUGUGGCCAUCUGGAAGCAGAAGUCCAGCCUUGACCCUUCGGACAGCUCGGAUGUGACAGAUGACCGCAGCAGUGAAUCAUGAUGGUGGCUGACAUGGCAGACCUUUGUGGGAUUCAUCUUCCUCAGUGCUCUGCUUAUCCAUGACAUUUUGCUGGAGGUUUUUCUGCAUUAGAAGCUAGUGCUCUGUAAUUGUCUGUCUGCCAGAGUAUAAUAUGUCACAUACGUAUACACAUACACAUACACAAUGUUAAGCUGGUUCCUCUGCUGCCUUCAGCUUUUCAAGGUAAAGGAAUCCCAGGCUUCAGAAAGUGCUAAAGUUCACAGUCAGGUCAUGACGCCUGGGAAAUUCUACAUUAGUGCUGAGCACAUUUAAAUAAGUUUACAUAAGCACUGUUAACACUGUUCUUUACAGAUAAGCCAUGUAAAAGUCAUUUUUUACCUCAGUAGUCAUGUAAGCUAUCUACCUCAGUGAAGUGAAAUCUCUUGCAGAAGAGUCAUCAGUUUUUGUUGUUACUGCUGGUAUUUAAAGACAAUGAAUGAAAGUGAGGAGUGUGUCAGUGUGUAACUCUCUUCAAACAGCUGUGUGUUGAGAGGGUGAACAAUCCCAAGUACUAGGUCUUUACAGCAGUGUUGCUUGUUCUAGCUUGUAGUUUGCCAGGAAGCGGUUACCAGUUAUGCUAGUCCACUGUUGACAGUUGUCUUUGAGAAGUGCUUUGUAUCAUCUUUGUGCCAUGUUAAUUGAAUCGCUUAAACAAAAAAAAAUUAAAUAAAUAAAUAAUAAUAAUCUGCGACUGCAACUUUUUUUAACCACUGUUCAUAGAUCUCAGAGCCACAUUGGAAACAACAAGUUGGAAUUUUUUACCUUUCUUGCCAUUCCAUUGUACAGAACACAUUCCGGCCCAAUAUUUUAAUGAUUUCCUGGUUUGAUAAGGAAAAUUAUUACCUGCAUAUUUAAGCCAUUUCUUUUUUGCAAAUUUUUAAUGAUUUAUAACAUUCCAAAACACUUAAUUUGACAGAGUUUUUCACAGGGAUACACUUUGUUUAAACAUUUGUUGGAAAAUAAAUAGGUUUGGGUAUUUUAAAUGUACAUUAAUUUUUGAAGCUGUGCUACAUACAUCCGGAUUGUAAAUAAUCCACAGCCAACCUAACAUGUACAUGAAUUAACUCCUUGCUGAGAACACAAGAAACAUGAUUGGUGGGGAACAUCUGUAUUUUCACACAGGUUGGGUGACAAGGUUGAUUCUUCUGUUCUCAGCUGUAUUUUUCAGAAUUACAGUACACCUUUAUCUUAAAAGCAAACAAUUGUUGCUCAUUGGAGGUGGCCAUAGAAAUAUUUGUUGGCUGGUCUAGAUUAAAAUGCAAAAAAAAACAACAUUUUUUAUAGCUCCUAAAAUUCAGUGUACACUGAGACAGUCUCACAAUUGGUUGAUUAAUAAAGAAGACUCUAGUUUUAUGAGUAGUCUGUAGUCAGACAUUUAACACAACAUUACACAGAGUACACGUGUAUUAAAUCAUCAUGAAGGCUGAUCAUUCAAUGUCCAUUCAGACAUAUGCAUACAGGUGGCUUUUUGUAUGUUGUACACUUCAGUGGUUGGAAGCCCUUGAUCUAUUUGGAGUACAUGUAUAUAAACUACUUGAAUUAAAAGAUUACAAAUUCUUGUGCCAGGCAGAUUUUUUGUUUGUGCACACUGUUAUACGUAAGUCCCCAUACAACUCUGCACUGCUUUCAUUAAUAUUUUGUUACAUAUAUGUCUAAGGGUGGACUUGAACCUCUGUUGUGCUUCUAAUUGAAAUGUUAUGGUCAAAGUUUUUUGUCUUUCGGAUGUUUUGACCAUUUGUUGGUACGGAUAAUGCAGGUAGAAUUUGCAUAUUUUGUGCUGUACUUGGAGAACCAGGACAUUCGUGUAACUCCAAGGUGUUACCUGCAGAACUACUUUGCACCAGAAAACAACCGCUUGUUAAUUACUUUUUGGUGUUACUGUUGAUACUUAGAACACUGUUUUAUUGUAAUUGUUAAAACUGUUAUUUGUUAUAUACAGACACUGUCUCAUCUGCGUUUGGCUGGGUAGUUACUGCCCUGAUUGUCAUUAUCAGAUGUCAUAGGUCAACUUGUGAUAUAUGCCAUUGUCAAAAUGUUGCAUUUAAGUUACAUUCAGGUGAAGUUUGCAUACCUAUUUUGUGAAUUUGUGAAGUCAAUUUUACCACAUUCCAAGUAUCCAAGACAGUGCAGAUUGCAUGCUAGCUGUUCAGUAAUCCACUUGGUUGAGUGAAUAGCAGAUAUACCCAUGUCUUAACUGUUAAUCUAUUCAUCUAUGUCUUUGCCCACAUUGAUGUGCCUCAUAACAGAAUGAAGAGUUUAAGACCAACAAAAGGCCAGAAAUCUUGUUGAAAGUGUAAUGGUUAUAUUUAAUCCUUCAUUGCGAAGUGCACAAGAAUAUGGCUAUGAGUUACUAAUUGAAACUUGUUCUAUAGUCUAUCACUGUUGUUCUAAUUUGAUUAUUUGCGACACACCUGUACCUGGGAAAUCACCUGUACUGUGCCUUGUACAUACAUGUAACUGUGACCUGUUUUUCCCUCACAUAAUAAGCUGUGAUUGCUUUACCAAAGCUGGUGUUGCUAACUUAACAGUGGCUACAGCUUAAGUGUUACACAACUCUCCUGCACAAUUGUCUGCUUUAUUUUAAAACCAGGCUUGUUAUGUGGGAUGCUCUAGCUUAACAACAUGGUAGGAUCAAUUCUGCAAAUUUUAACAUCUGGUGAUAUAGAAUAUAGAUUAAUUAAGCAAAAUUAGACAGAGCGUCUGAAUUUGGUUUUUGCGUGGGUUUGAGUUCUCUCUGUUGCAAAAAUAAUGAUACUGUCUGUAUAUUGUUAAAAGAUAUGCAAGCAACCCUAUCUUGCCCUAAAGCGGUGACAUUUUGCAGUGUGACUCAGAGGUAGCUCAGACUACAUAUUGGAAGUUUUGUAAAUCAAGACACAACUAAUAAAAGGAAACAAAGAAUAAAGAAAAAAAAAGAGGAGAUCAUUGAAUCUGAAUGAUAUGUACUAACAUGUCUGACACUGGGUGUACUUAUACCAUGCUGGGGAAUUUCUUAAAUCUUAACUUAUUAUUGGGGGUAUUUGUCAUGCCAGUGUCAUUUGUGCAGCUCGCUGAUACAUGUGCAGAGGUCAGGAAGCUACUCUUGUGUACAGUUUGUCUGUAAACUGCUGUAUGUAAGCUCUUGUAUUUAUUUGUGACCCAACAGAUUGAAGCCUAAUACAUUACUCCUUGUAUGAUAUACCUUAUAUCAGCGUUAAACCAGAUACAAAACAGAUACAAAAAUAAAACAAAAACAUAUAUACAUGGAUAUCCGUAUCAUGUAAUAUUCUUUGAUACAUGCAUAGAAAAAGAAACAUUUUAAGCCAUAUCAUACAAAUUUGUACAUUUGUUUUAGAUCUGUAUGCAUCAUACACCUAGGGUUACUUGCGCACAUAUUGGGGUAAAUGUAAAGUACAUUUAAAUGGAAAAUCAAUCCCAAAUUUUAAAGCAUUCCUUCACUUUCAUGUAAUUUAGAGAGUUUGAAUUGCCAGUUUCUUUCUGUUUUCAGUAUGCUGACAUAAUCUAUUUAUGCUGUCAGAGUGCGUGUUAUUUUAUGGCUGACAACCCAGCAUUCCUUCAUUAUUUCAUCUGCUAUCACUUGAUGAAGUAUUUGUGCUUCAUCUGACUGGUAAACAUGCUCAUGGCAAUUGUUCAUGUGUCCUCUACAGGUUAUCUGCUGGUAAAGAAUAAAACUAUUUUUAUU